UCUAGCAGCAGCAGUACUCGCCAUGGCCGCCGGCGACGCGCAGGCGGCGCUGCAGGCGGUGGCGCGGAGCCUCCGGUGGACCUACAGCCUCCUCUGGCACCCCUGCCCCCACCAAGGGAGCUCGCUGGUGUGGGCGGAGGGGCACUACAACGGCGCCGUCAAGACGCGGAAGACGGUGCAGCCGGCGGCGGCGGCGGAGGAGGAGGAGGACGCCGACCAUGCGGCGCGGCACCGGAGCCGGCAGCUGAGGGAGCUCUACGACUGGCUGGCCGGGGAGGCCGCCUCCAGCUCCGACUGCGCUGGCGCCGGCGGUGGUGGUGGGAGUGGACAGGCGGCGGCGAGCCGGCGGCCGAGCGCGGCGCUGUCGCCGGAGGACCUGACGGAGACGGAGUGGUUCUUCCUCAUGUCAGCUUCCUAUUCGUUUCCUCCCGCCAUCGGGUUACCUGGAAGGGCAUUUGCAAGGAGAGGGCAUGUAUGGCUCACUGGAGCAAAUGAAGUUGACAGCAAAGUAUUUCUAAGAGCAAUUCUUGCCAAGAGUGCUGGUAUCCAGACAGUUGUGUGCAUUCCUGUUGUCGACGGUGUACUGGAAAUAGGAACUACAGAAAAGGUGGAAGAAGAUAUAGGCCUGGUUCAGUAUGCAAGGAGCAUCUUCAUGGAGCAACAUGGCAUCCACAUGAAGCCUACCCUCUCAGAGCAUUCAACAUCCAACCCAGUCACACACAUUCAUCAGCACCCAGUCCAGGUGCAGAUGCAAACAGGUAUCAGCCAGACAAAUUUGGAUUCAGAUGGGCUCAAUCCAGAAGAGGAGAAUGAUGAGACAGAAGAGGAGGGCAUGUCAGGUUCAGACACAAACACUGACACUGCAAGGGAUAAUCCUGGCCUGCAGCAAGAGCCACUGAACAUGGUGAGCUAUGAUCAGACAAUUCCAAACAAUGCUGCUUCCAGUGAACUGAUGCAGUGUGAGAUGUCAGAGCUUGUAAGAGAUGGAUGCUCAAACAAUUUAGACGAAGAAAUCCAAAUGCUGAUGGACUACCAAAACAGCAAUGGCCAGUUCAGUUUGCAAGGGCCAGAUGAUCCCUGUCACUCUUGGCAUUUCAUCUGUGAAGAGUUGCAAAACAAUUGCCAGCCAGCUUCUGAAGAUCAAGUGUCAUCACCUGAAAACUGCCACUACCCGAAAACGCUCCUGACGAUCCUGCAGCACAACGCGCAGCGACAAUCGGAGCUAAAAACCAGCAGCUACCUGCCAGUUUCAGAGCAAUCAUCGUUCUCAAGAUGGAGUCCUGAAGGGAUUGCUGAUAACCAUGUCAUGAUCAGUCGUCAAGGAGCCACACAGAGGAUGCUGAAGUGCAUCCUGAUGAUGAUUGUUCCCGGCAGUCACUACAGUUACAGCAGGGAAGCACAGACGCCUGAAUCAAGGGGCGGGAAAGGCGCAGGUGGAUCGAGGAAAGCUGGUGCCAUCCAAGGUGAUUUCAGUGCCAGCCAUGUGUUGAAAGAGAGGAAAAGAAGAGAGAAGCUCAACGAGAAGUUCUUGAUCCUGCGAUCUCUGGUACCUUUCAUGACAAAGAUGGACAAGACGUCAAUACUCGGUGACACGAUCGAGUACGUGAAGCAGCUAAAGAAUCGCAUACAGGACCUCGAGUCGUCACUGCCCGGCCGGAUCACUUCAACCACGACGACCACCACCGCCGCCACGGCGGCCGGGAGGCGCAGGAAGAGAGCCGCCGCCGCCGCCGUCGAACGGAGCAGCAGCAGCUGCAACGCCGGCGCCGUCGAAGGAGAAACGACGGAGGUGCAGGUGUCCAUCAUCGAGAGCGACGCGCUGGUGGAGCUCCGGUGCGGGUGCCACGGCGGCCGGUCGAGCGGCGGCGGCGUGCUGGUCCGGGUGAUGCAGGCGCUGCAGGGCCUCCAUGUGGAGGUCACCGCCGUCCAGGCGUCGUGCGGCGGUGGCGGCGCCGACGACGGCGUGCUGGUCGCCGAGCUGCGCGGCAAGGUCAAGGACGACGACGGCGGCGACGACGACGACGACGACGUGGCUGGUGGGAGCCGGAGGAGGAGGAGGAGGAGCAGCAUCGCUCAGGUGAAGAGGGCCAUCCAUCUCGUCCUCUCGUCGUCCUCCUCCUCCUCACCCUAGAUGCCUACCCCAUCAACGUGCCUCCACGCAUACUUGCGUCAUGGGCGGAGCUAGAAAAUUAUCUUACUUUGAUCUUGCUUAAAUUUUUAGUAUCUUUUUUAUUAUCUAAAUAAUGUAAUUAUGGGUUUCACCAGAGCUCGUUGGGUUCACCUGAUCUCGAUAAAAUACUCUAUAGCUCUGUCCCUGCCUUGUAUAU